AUGACUCAUGGUCGAAACAACUUUCUGGUGCCAGACGUAUAUAUCGGGGUAUCAGUUUCGAAUCGGGAUGACGCAUGGUCGAAACAACUUUCUGGUGCCAGACCACAGAGGUUACGAUUUAGCAGGUGUGUUUCCAAGGUAACCAGUACGAACCUCGUUAACGACCGCAGCAGCAAGAUGAAAGUUGUUGUACUAAGUCUGCUAAUACUGAUAGCCAGUGGAGAGUUAAUAUUAGAUUGUCCCGAUGAUUGGCAAAGCUUUGAACAGAAAUGUUACAAAUUUGUCUUCUUCCCCGAGCUGCAGUACGAUGCCGCCAAAGCCGCUUGUGUUUAUCAUGGCGCCUACCUGGUAACCGUGGGAACGCUGAACGAACAUACGUUUAUUAGCAAUUGGCUGCUUGCCAAUGACCUUGCUCGUAAAUACUGGUUUACGUCAGGACUGGUGAGAAACCUGAACGAGGGGGACCUCAUAUGGGAGAGUGACAUGGCCCCCAUACCGCCCGAGAAACAGUGGUGGCUUAACGACCAACACAGAACGAAAGAAGGACGACACAUCGUCUACUACUAUGGAGUGACGUCAUACGGAUGGAGUCGGUCACUGGGGACCAAUGUUCGACCUUACAUCUGCGAGACGUUGCUAAAAAACGCUGGUCAAAUUAUUCAGGAAGACAGAGAUUUCGACUACGGCUUAGAUGAGACUGACCCUAACCGAGUUCCUAGAGGUCCUGUUAUUAUAACCGAGCCUGUUGAUAUGGUGGAAAUAGGUCACGCUCCCGGUCUCUCUAUCGAAUGCGUGGCCUUCGCGUACCCCCACGCAACAUAUAGAAUCUACCGCUCUUCGUCAUCUGGUGACGUCACGGAGAUCACGCCAGACCUCGAUUUGAGAUUCACAGUGACCAAUGGGAAGCUGACAAUCGCCGACCCCCGCGAAGAGGUGGAUGCGGGUCGCUAUCACUGUGAAAUUGAGAACGACAAAGGCCGGCUUCUCAGUUCCACGAUGCUGCUGUCAUUUGGAUUUCUGAACGAGUUUUCAAAUGUCAUUCGAGAGCCGGUGAGAGCCAAGUUACAUUAUUACGCCAUAAUCAGCUGCGACCCGCCAAAUCACAGACCAGCUGUAGCAUUCAACUGGCUGAAGGGCAUCAGCAACAACCUGAUCCGCACAGACAUCAACCCUCACAUCUUCAACUCCUACAACGGCAAGAUCUAUUUCUCAGAAGUUAGCAUCACCGACGCGGACCAGUACCGAUGUAUUGUGAAACUCAUUUCCGGCAACAGCGUGGGCGUGGGAACCAGUCAACCGCCUAGCGGUGUCAGUCUACCCAUCGAUCUGCAGAUUACCGGAAGCUUCGCCAGUGACUGGGGACCAGAGAUAGGUAACGACUUCAUCGCCGUGUACCCCAGCACGCCAAAGAACGGAGAUCGAGUUCGGCUGGAGUGCUUAGCCUUCGGGACGAUGCCGAUUGUUUACAAAUGGUCGCGUGAAAAUCUACCGAUGCCUCUGGACAGUUGGUUGGAAGACCACAACCGAAUUCUGUUCAUCGAAAACCUGCAUCUGGAGGACGAGGGGGUUUACACGUGCACAGCGUCACGUGGUACGACUAGCCACUCCUCCAAAUCAUUCCACUUGGCAGUUGAAGCGAAGCCUUAUUUCAUCUUCCCACUGCGCAAUCAACAUGCAGACAUAGGACGAGAAUUGAGAUGGCGCUGCGAAGCACGCGCUAAACCGGAUGCAGUUUAUUCCUGGUUGAAAAACGGCCUUUCAUUGGCGCCCAUUGUCGGUGCCAUAGAGAUAACCGGAAACUUGCUGACGAUCAAGAAACUGAAUCCAGAACGAGACAACGGAAUGUAUCAGUGCGCGGCAACCAACAAAUAUGGGACUACUUACACGAAUGCUCAAUUGAGAGUUCUUGCAUUUAAACCCAGUUUCUCUAAGCACCCGUUGGAGGUGAACACUAUGGCAAGCAUCGGGGGAAACACAACACUACUAUGCAAUCCCGAGGCAGCGCCGUCUCCAAACCAGUUCAAGUGGUUCAAGAAUGGCGUCGAUAUGGGUCUAAACCCUGGAGACACCGUAUCACGUGUUCGCCUUUUAAGAAACGGAAACCUGUUUAUCUCCCCUGUCGCUGAGGUCGAUAUGGCAACGUAUAGAUGUGAAGCAACCAAUGAGUAUGGGACGGACUCCAGCACUGGGAGGCUUACCGUUGUUCGGAACUCGGCCAUCAGUAACGGACCGCAAUCCCAGAAAGUCAGAGUCAACGAGACGAUGUUUCUGAGGUGCGAGGCUUCCCAUCAUCCUUCAGUGGAGCUCGUCUAUGAUUGGUUGUUUCAAAACAGUCGCGUCAACUUCAAAGAUGCGCAUUAUGAAAGGGGCACAGGACUAAACAGAGGCGGUCUCUACUUGAGACAUGCGCAGUUUCGUCAUUCCGGGAUAUAUACGUGCGUUGCUGUUUCAUCAUUUGACAGGUCAACAAGAAACGCCACCGUCACCGUAUAUGGUCCGCCUGGCGAGCCCUCUGGCGUGUUCGUGAACCCAGCAGUAACGACAACUCACUCCAUGCAGCUGUGGUGGACGCCCGGCCAGGAUUACGGCAAUGCUGUGACGUUGUACCGGGUGGAGGCGUCCACGAACUUCCAACCUGAUUGGCGAACUGUCGCUGCCAACAUCCCUGACAGAGACACGCUAGUCGAUGGUCGACGGUUCAGGAUGUACGUGGUGACAAGACUAAAAGCCGGAACAGCCUACCAGUUCAGAAUGAGAGCCACCAACUUCCACGGCGUAGGACUGCCGAGUCUAGCAUCAAAGGUUUACCAAACCCCACCAGCACCGCCCUUUCUGGCACCUGAGAAUGUCGGGGGCGGUGGCGGCAGUGUUGGAGAUUUUUCUAUCACGUGGACGCCGCUCAACCAAUCUGACCAUGGCGGACCAGGAAUAGGAUACCACGUGUACUGGAGACUUCAUAAUCCUAGCCAGCUGGAUUCACUUUUCAAAAAGGAAAGAGUGUAUGGGAACAAAGGAAAGCUAGUCCUCACAUUGGGUCAAGACUCUUACUACCUGCAGCAUGACGUCAUCGUCGAGGCCUUUAACAAUCUUGGACCCGGCCCUAACUCAUCCGUGGUUGUAGUGUAUUCGGCUGAGGACUUGCCUUCAGGGACACCAGCCAAAGUGUACGCGUUCCCAUUUAACGCCACCGCCAACAAUGUCAGCUGGGAGGCAGUGCCGGACACAAGGGAGGUAAUGAAGGGGAAAAUUGUUGGCUAUCAGAUAAACUACUGGAAUUUAAAGGACGUCAACCGAACUCAGCAGUUCAUCCGGUACCUGGGUCAGCGUAACAACGGCACGGUGAUAGGUCUAGAGGCGUUUGACUGGUACGAGUUCGACGUGCAGGUGUAUAACUCCGCCGGCCUGGGGCCAAGGAGCGAGAGAUACAGACAGGAGGUCUAUGGCAAUGCUCCACUCUCCUACCCGACAGAGGUGCACAUCUGGUCACAUGGUUCCGACAGUGUUAGGGUCACGUGGCGAGGAAUCAGCACCACCGUAAAGGAAGAACCGCUCAUUGGAUACGUCGUGCGGUACUGGCACUCGACUGAAGACAUCCGCACGGCUUACGACACCGUGGUGACGAAGACGUCGUGGGCGGUGGUGCGAGGCGUCACCAACAACACUGUGUACAAAUUGCGAGUGUUCGGCUACAGUCGGGGCGGGGAGGGCAAGAUGAGUCCAAACAGAUAUUUCACACUCGGUGGAAUAAUUGUAGUCGAUCCAAAAACUACGGAAAUAAUCGCUGGUGCUGCACAAUUGGUCUGUUCUGUGAAACAUGUGCUACUAUCUAUAGGAGUGGUUUUCAUUGCUGUCAAACACAAUUGGUCUGUUCUCUAAAAACAUGUGCUACUAUCUAUAGGAGUGGUUUUCAUUGCUGUCAAACACAAUUGGUCUGUUCUCUAAAAACAUGUCCUACUAUCUAUAGGAGUGGUUUUCAUUGCUGUCAAACACAAUUGGUCUGUUCUCUAAAACAUGUGCUACUAUCUAUAGGAGUGGUUUUCAUUGCUGUCAAACACAAUUGGUCUGUUCUCUAAAACAUGUGCUACUAUCUAUAGGAGUGGUUUUCAUUGCUGUCAAACACAAUUGGUCUGUUCUGUGAAACAUGUGCUACUAUCUAUAGGAGUGGUUUUCAUUGCUGUCAAACAUUUAGUGAACACGUAUGACAUUUUUUUAAAUUUAAUUUUCCUUUUUAUGUUUUGUAAUUUUGGAUGGUUUGUUGAUAUUGUUUUGGGACGUAAGGUACUUGUUAGAAAUAAACUAUAUUGAAUCGCUUGAACGUGGAAUACGAGAUACAGUUAAACAUAAGUAAAAAAAAGCUAAAGUUUGUUUUAUUUAACGACAACACUAGAGCACAAAAGUUUACAUAUUAAAAGCAAUAACAGACAAAAUUUUCCAUAUAAUCACAUUUGACAUCAAUCACCGUUGACAUUCAUCAAUCACACUUGACAUCAAUAUAUUUUGGCGGGAUUUAGCUCAGUAGGUAGAGCGCUCGCCAGAGGUGUUUGGAUCGUACGAUCGAACCUCGACGGACCCAUUGUUUUGUG